CAGAUCUAAAGGACGAUCGGUCUGAACGGAGGGCUUUCUUGGAGGGUCGGGGGCCACGCUGAAGCCCCCUGCUCUUAAUUUUUGUCCUUGGCUUUCCAGAAUCUCUCAUCCACUGGGGCUGCGGCCGCGUUAGGGAUCUCGUUCUGCAGGCGAAAAACCCUCAAUACCGAUAUGCAUACAGCUUUCGGGGGGGGAAGGAGAAGGGAUGCCUUUAGAUACCUGGAGGGGCUCAACCCAUCGCCCCCUUUCCUCCCGCUUCCUCUCCCGCCUCCCCCCCACUACAAAAAUAGAGCACGUCCCCUUUAAAUUUACCCAGGAGCCCUUAAAGGAGCCCCAGGGGCCCCGGGGGGAAAGGCAUCCCCACCCUGCUUAGCCGGAGCCUGCCUGGAUCUUUCGCCGUCGAAGCGGAGGAGCCUUUAUGCAAGUAGAUCCCCCCCCAAAUAGAUAUAUUUAUAUAUAUAUAUAUAUAUAUAUAAUUUUUUUUUUAAAAAAUAAAAAAUAGAAAUAUUGCAACGGAUCGGCGGACCUAGAGCUUUGCAAAAGAGCAGGGGAGCGAGAAGGCUUAGAUCUGGGUGCCUGUUGGAAGGGGGGGGGAUGAACGCCUAGAGACCGGGAGCGAAAGGCGCAGCAAAGCAUGGAGCAGCCCCCCAGCCUUUCCAUCAAGCAGGAGCCCCAGGAUCCAGAAGAGUUGCUCUUUGGAGAAGAGGCAUCUGAUUCUCAGAACAGUGGUGAGCUGCGCUCCGGCCACUCUUUGCGGCCAUCUGGGAAUGGCCUGUUGCGAGGCAAUGCCAAGGAUCCUUCUGCCCUCCUCAGUGGAGGGCGCAAGUACUCGGACCAUUGCGAGGAGCGGGCGUCGAGGCCUGGCAAGAGCCGUAUCCCUGGGCGGGACCAUCGACGCUAUUACCAUGAGCACUGGAGGGGAGAGUACCUGAUGGACUUCAACGCCGCCCGGCACGGCAUGAUCUGCAUGGUAUGUGGGAGCUCACUGGCCACCCUCAAGCUCAGCACCAUCAAAAGACACAUCCGGCAGAAGCAUCCGUACUCCCUGACCUGGAGUGCCCACGAGAAGGAGGUCAUCAUGAAUAGCUGGGAUGCCCACUUGGGCGUCGAGGCGGAGACGAAUGGAGCCAGAGACCUGGGUGAAAGGCCCGAUGCUCAGCAAGGCGGAGAGUUGCCAUUUGGCGGCGGCCGCAGGAGGAGGCGUGGGCCGGGACCCCUCUCCUCUCGUGGGGGGCGUCGCCCGUCUGGCCUGGCUUUGAAAGCCUCCCCGGGAGGGGAAGAUCAGAACCUGGAGCGGUACCUGAAAGAGUCCCUGCAGAGCUGGUUCCAGUCUGAGUUCCUGAUGGACUAUGACCCUCAGGGCAACCGGCUCUUCUGCAUGAUGUGCGGCUCGUCCUUGCCCAGCCUCAACCUGGAAGACAUCAAGCGACACAUCAUGGAUGCUCACCCCAGCUCCCUCGGCUUGAGCCCCACUGAGAAGGCCAGCAUCCUGGAGGCGUGGAACUCCCGCGCGGUGGCUCCGCCUGCCGAGGGCGCAGGCCCAGGGAAAGCUCUAGUGGCAGAAGAGCCUGAGCCCGCCCCGCAGGACCUGAGUAAGAAGGAAGUGGAUCCGCCUCUGUCUCCGGACCAACCCGCUGGCGAGGAUGGCUCUGAAGAGGCUGGCCCUUGGGACUCCGAAGAGAGCAACCUUCCUGCCCCUGCCCGUGGCCGGGACCAUCGCCGCUACUUCCAGGAACACUGGCGCGUGGAGUACUUGAUGGACUACAACGGGUCGCGGCACGGGCUGGUGUGCAUGGUCUGCGGGAGUUCCUUGGCCACACUCAAGAUGAGCACCAUCAAGCGGCACAUUCAGCAGAAGCACCCGGACUCCACCCAGCUGAGCCACCAGGUCAAGGCCCUCAUCGUGGAGGAGUGGAGCCAGAAGGCCGCCCGUCUGGGGGACACGGAGGAUUCCCUGCCUGGAACGGAUGCUGAGGCGGACAAAGUGGAAUCGCAGCCUGCUUGCAAUCCUCCCUUGUCCCCUGAGGAAGGUCAAGAGGACGGGUCAGCCCCUGCGGAAGAGGAAGAUGCACCAUCAGCAGGCAGACUGGCUCCUUCCCAGCAGUCCCCGGAGGCGGCGUCUCUGACGACUGGCCCCCCUUCCCGGCGGGGUCAGCGUCGGAACUACCAGCCCCGCUGGCGCGUGGAGUACCUGAUGGACUACAACGAGCAGCGGCACGGGCUGGUCUGCAUGGUUUGUGGGGGCAUGCUGGCGACCCUGAAGGUCAGCACCAUCAAGCGGCAUAUCCUUCAGGUGCACCGCUUCUCCCUGGAGUUCACGGCCGUGGAGAAACAGACCAUCCUCGAUGCCUACGCUGAAAAAGGCCCGGCUCAGAAUUCCAGACAACUGGGCCCAAAGGCCUCCACCAGCCUUGACUCUGAGCCUGCUGACAUCAAGCCAAACACUCAAGGCGCAGGGAAAAUCGGGUUUGGUUACAAUUUGCCGGUAUGUACGGCGUAGCCGCAGACCCGGACUGCCCCCCGUGGUGGCAGGGUGGACUUUGUUGAACAUUGAACCAGUUUUGUUUGAUUCUCGCCACUGUGGGUGGUGAAACUCUCUUACAAUUCUCAGCUUUCAGAAUUCUGCAGGUGGAAUCAAGUAUUGCAGAAUUCUGCAACUGGAAACAAAUCAUGCAGAAGCCAGGGAUGCUUUGUUUUGCUUUUUUGUUUUGUUUUGGCCUAGCAUCAGCUUUUGAUUUGCAUGUUCUGUUCUAGUGGCAAAGGGUUUUUAAAGGUGUUUGUUCCCCCCUCCCCUUUCUCUGUGGAGCUGGAACUUUUGUGCUCCAGCGAUUCUGGUAAGGUUGUGGAAAGGUUUGGGGGCCUCUGGUACAUUCUGGAGUAGUGAAGUGCUUUAAGGGUGUGUGUGGGGGCAUUUCAUCAGGCAUGGUUGCCAGGAGAUUUGAUGGAAAGGGAAGGUGCUGUUACUUCCCUGUAAGGGAGUGGCGGGAAUCUUUUUCCAGCCCAAGGACUGCAUUCCCUUCUAGGCAGCCUUCUGGGGGCCAUGUGCCAGGGGUUGGCAGGGCCGGAGCCAAAAGUGGGUGAAGCAAUGAAUGUAAACUUUUCUUUGUACAGUAGGCCAGCUUCUACACUGACACACAGAGAUGUAACCUGCUUCUCUUUGUAAGCAAGUGUGGGGGGGUGAUGUAGACGUUCUUUCCCAUUGAUUGCCGGGUGGGGGUGGGGAGACACCCGCACCAUGUUGUGCUCCUGCCUCUUUUCCUGCUCUUUUACAUGUGGCAGCCAUUUUCAUAGGCCACAUCCCCCGUGGCAGCCAUUUUGUGACUGGCGCUCAUGGCACUUUCCCCAAAUUCCAAAUGUGCUGAGUCAAAAACGCUGGUGCUCCCUACUCUAUGCAUUGACCUGUAGGCUUGAGAGUUGGGGGCCUUUCCUCCCCCCCCCCCCAGAUGCUCGUUGUCGAGCUAAAGGUGGUGUGGAGAACCUUUGGCCCUCCGGGUGUUCAUAGAAUCAUAGAAGAGCAGAGUUGGAAGGGGUCUAUAAGGUCAUUGAAUCCAUCCCCCUGCUCAGUGCAGGAGUCCAAGUUAAAGCACACCCAACAGGUGCUUUAAGUGGAUUCCUGCAUUGAGCAAGGGGUUGGAUUCGAUGGCUUUAUAGGUCCCUGCCAACUCUAUGAUUCUAUGAUGCGUUGCUGAACUAUAAUUCUCAUCGUCCCUGGCCAUUGGCUGUGUUUGCUGGGGCUGACGGGAGUUGCAGUUCAGCAACAGCUGGAGGGUCAAAGGUUCCCUUCCACCUGAGUUAAAGAAAAGGGCACUUCAGAGGCUGGUUGGCCAGUUUCGCUCCGUGUUCCAGUCCUCACGCCUUUUUUUGCAGGAGCUGCAACAAAGAAUGUGUGGCCUGCAAAUAUUAAAUGUGUGUGUGUGUGGGACUAUGAUAGCUCUCUAGCAAAUGCAGGACUGGGCACUGAUGGCACCUACACUUAAGAAAGUCCCCAAGGUUUUAAGCAAAACCGGUCCCCUGAUAUGGUAUGAUAGUGGUCAGGAACCUCUGGCCUGUGGGCUUAAUUAAGCCCACCAGGUCUCCCUAUUUGGCCCGCGAGGUUGUUUUGGCCAAGCUGUGCCCACCUGCCUUUCAUGUGAUGGUGUAUGUAUGACGCUGGAUGUGGAGCAGGUAAAGUCAUCACUGGGCCAAGCCCAGACAAUGCAACUGGUUGUCGGUACUGGAUGGCUGUGCUUUUGCCUGCACAGUUUGACUGUGUGGGCAAAAGUGGGUCAGCUGAUGUCAUUGUAACAUCAGGUGACGGACCAGUAGCCGGCCCUGGAUCACAAUGGGUAAGCUGGAGAUAAGAUCUGGCCCCCAACACUGUGGUAUGAGGAAUUUCCUUGGCUACAUUUACUGCAUAAGGGCCUAGCCCUAAACUGCUCCUGCGGAUAGGUUUGAGGGUGUGGGUUGUGUGUGAGCACAUUGAGAUCAUUUUCUCCACCAUCCCAAAACCUCUUGAAGAUUCAGAUUCCCCUCCUGAUGCAGCAGAGGCUGUCCUUGAUGUUAUAUUGUGUUAAAAUAUUUCAGAAGAGGCUUUGCUUCCCUCAGUGGUUCAGGCACGUGUCCCUAAAGUGAUGUCCUAAGGGAAACAGCCUCCCCAAUCCAUGUGCCCUGGUAAUGGAAGCUUAAUGGAACCAUUCCCAAUCCUGGCGUUCCAAGUCACCCAUGAUAAAGAAGGCUUGCUGUGGGGUGAUAAAUGCUAAUGAAGCUCAAGGGAUUAUUGAAUUGAGCCCACAAAUCUAAAGAAUUAGGUAAAUUGGAAGGAGGAAAAUAAGUAUUUAAGACAAACUAAAGUUGUCCUGUUGAGUAGUUCCGUCAAGGCUGGAAGAUAAAACAUCUCUACAGUAGGAACUGGGUAAUGCAGAUUACUGUAGAACUUCUGAUAUCAACAGAGAUAAAAGUAGUUAGCUCUCCCAUACCUCGUCCAAAAUUGUGUUUCUUAGUGGCAGGAUAAAGGAUCUGUAGCAACACACCUGGGGAAGCGGCUGCUAGCCAGGUCUCUUGUAAGCAAACCAUUUUAAAUGUAGUUAAAAAGGUUUCAUUGCACUUACUAUGCCAGAGAGGGGAGUUAUAAACAUUUCCCAUGUGAUCGCACUUAAGAUUAAGGGCCAUCUUGGACCGUCAGGUGGCUGUAUCAUGUUGGGCUAUGGGGGGCGGGGGGCAGCAGUAGGGAAUGGCCAGUAACUUAGGAAAAAUACAAAGCUGCAUCUUUCUCUGUGACAUGCUUUCUACAUGCAGGGAGGGCCCUCCCCUCUGUGGCAUGCUAACUUUCUAUGUGCAGGGAGGCAUCCCCCUCCCUCUCACCAUUCAGCCUACAGGGGCAUGGUCUAGAAAAGUGUUGUCCUGAGGAGCUGCAGGCAGUACAAAUGAGGUCCCAGUUUCCUGACUGAUGGUUAUUAAGAGUGUUGUAGGCUUUUUGUUUUCGUUUUUUAAAAAAAUCUGUGACAUGCUUUCUACAUGCGGGAAGGGGCAUGCUAAACUCACUGAACUCAGGUUCUUGUCUGAGUUCCUAACUGUCAGACCUCUUACUCUGUGGCUAGGAGAACAUUGACUACUUCGUUUUGUUGCUCUUCCGCCUCAAAGAUGGAAAUCGGUACAGCCUGAGCCCACUAGGACACUGCCGUUUCCCGAAUCUUUGCUCUGAAUGAACAAACCACAGCUGGGUUUUCAGAGCCAAGGGGACAGGGCAGCAGAUGUUCUUAUAAGCAGAGUCGGUGCCAGGCGUUCACCCUGCCUCAGCUGCAAUCCCACUUGAAAGCAAGCAGCUAAUUUGUGGGUCUCAAAGAUGACCUUGUGCUGUCCACCCAAAUCUGUAUCUUUGUACUUCAAAUUGUGCAGGAAGUGGGUUGUAUCCAAGGCUAGUCCUACGCCGAGUAGGCUCGCUGGCAUUAAUGGGCAUGACUAAUUUAGGUGCAUCAACUUCUGUGGGUCUACUCCAAGUAGGACUUAGGUACAACCCUUGGGUUUCCCUGAAAGAGGGCUUUUAAUUUUUUUAUAUGUAUAUUUUAGCAGAACUGGCAGAUGGUGGAGGGUUACAGGACCGUAGAAGCAGGAAAGAAAUGGCGCUCUUAAACUUUCUGCACCCUACCUUCCUGUGGGGAAAGCGGGGGGAUCUUAGCUCAGUGGUAGAGCAUCUGCUUUACAUGCAGACGGUCCUGGUUUACAUCCCUGGCAUGUCCAGGUAGGACUGGGGGAGAUUUAUCUUGAAACCCUAGACAGCUGCUUCCAGCCAAGGUAGACCAUACUGAGCAAGACAGACCAAUGGUUUAAGUUAGUAUAUGGCAACUUCCUAGGUUCCUGUUUAAAUCGGCCCUUUACUCACAACCAUGAGGACUGGAGUCUUGCUGUAUUUUUAGGGGAUGUGUCAUAGCUCAGUGGAACAUCUCUGCAUUCAGAAGGCUCCAGGUUCACAUUCCCCUUAAAAGGACUGGGGAAGAUUGGGUGCCCUGGAUCGAGGAGAGGGGCUGCCAUCAGAAUGGGUCAUUCCAGCCUAGAUGGCCCAAAAGCCUGAUUUCAGUGGUGUGUGUUUGCAAGCCGCUGAGCCUUGGUCCAGGGUUGGUGGUGGAACUCAACAAGUUAGAAUUAAAUGAGGACCAGAAACUUAAAAUAGCUGAGCAAAGCUUGCCUUCAGCAAUAUAGUGAAGAAAGCAAGGACACAAAGAAAAGUCGCACUUAUAAUCCAGCACGCUGAUCCUUGCUGGAUAUUAAUUCCCUUGACAGGAAUGCUUUCUCUCAUCAACCGCACUUCCCCCCCUGAAAGUGAAAAGUAGCCAUCACAUUUUUGCACAGCCGAUUCUCCUUCCACCCCCUCCUUCUGAAUCAGUAGCUUGGUCCUUUUUGUAGCUAUCCUUGUGAAACAUGAACUCCGAGGUAUACUAUCAAUAACGCCCGUUAUGACCUUGUGACUGUGUUGGAACCUUGUCCGUGUCUCUUGUGAAAAAAGGUGUUUUGCAUUAAUAUGGAGGGUUUUAAAAAUUAUAUAAAUAUAUAUAUAAGCACUAAAUUUUGUAAAACAGGUUAUGUCAAAAUAAAUCCUA